GCAGGCGCGCACGGGAGGCGGGGCCUGGCCGACUUCCGCGCGGCUAGCCGUUCACUCGUGCUUUCUUUGGCCGGGGCUGGGAGGUGUUCUAGUUUGCUAAGAUGUUGCGUGUGGUGAGCUGGAACAUCAAUGGGAUUCGGAGCCCCCUGCAAGGGGUGGUAUACCAGGAACCCAGUAACUGUGCCACCAUGGCCAUGGGGCGCAUUUUGGACAAGUUGGAUGCGGAUAUCGUCUGUCUCCAGGAAACCAAAGUGACCAGGGAUGUGCUGACAGAGCCCUUGGCUAUUGUUGAGGGCUAUAACUCCUAUUUCAGCUUCUGCCGCAACCGUAGUGGCUAUUCUGGUGUGGCCACCUUCUGUAAGGACCGUGCUACUCCAAUGGCUGCUGAAGAAGGCCUGAGUGGCCUGCUUGCCACUCAGAAAGGGGACGUGGGUUGCUAUGGAAACAUGGAUGAGUUCACCCAAGAGGAGCUCCGGGCUCUGGAUAGUGAGGGCCGGGCCCUCCUCACACAGCACAAGAUCCGCACACAGGAAGGGAAGGAGAGGACCUUGACCCUAAUCAACGUAUACUGCCCCCAUGCGGACCCUGGGAAGCCUGAGCGGCUGGCCUUUAAGAUGCGCUUCUAUCGCUUGCUGCAGGUCCGAGCAGAAGCCCUCCUGGCGGCCGGCAGCCACGUGAUCAUUCUGGGUGACCUGAACACAGCUCACCGCCCCAUUGACCACUGGGAUGCAGUCAACUUGGAAGGUUUUGAAGAGGACCCAGGGCGCAAGUGGAUGGACAGCUUGCUCAGUAGCCCAGCCUGCCAGUCUGGCUCCCAUGUAGGGCCCUUCAUCGAUAGCUACCGUUGCUUCCAACCAAAGCAGAAGGGGGCCUUCACCUGCUGGUCGGUGGUCACUGGUGCCCGCCAUCUCAACUAUGGCUCCCGGAUUGACUAUGUGCUGGGUGACAGGACUCUGGUCAUAGACACCUUCCAAGCCUCCUUUCUGCUGCAUGAGGUGAUAGGCUCCGAUCACUGCCCCGUGGGUGCGGUCUUGAACGUGUCCCCUGUGCCUGCAAAACAGUGCCCACCUCUGUGUACCCGCUUCCUCCCUGAGUUUGCAGGUACUCAGCUCAAGAUCCUUCGCUUCCUCGUUCCUCUCGAACAAGAUCCUGUGUUGGAGCAGUCGGCACUGCUUCUCAACAAUCAAAGCAAAGUGCAGACGUUCCAAAACAAAGGCCGAAUACGCUCAACCAGGUCUCGGCCCAGUCAGGCUAGCUCCAGCAGAGGCCAGAAAAACUUGAAGAGCUACUUCCAGCCUUCUUCUAGCCGCCCCCAAGCCUCUCCUGGCUUGGAGUUGCCUAGCCUGCCAUGCAUGGGUGCCCUCAUUACCCCAAAGACUUCAGAAGAGGAGACAUUGACCAAAGUGGCAGAGGGGCAGGCCAAGGCUUCAGAGGCCAAAGAUGAGAAGGAGGCACAGACUUCAUUCUGGAAAUCUGUGCUGGGGGGCCCUAUGCCCACACCCCUCUGUGGGGGCCACAGGGAGCCAUGUGUGAUGCGUACUGUGAAGAAGCCAGGACCCAACCUGGGCCGCCGCUUCUACAUGUGUGCCAGGCCCCAGGGUCCGCCCACUGACCCCUCCUCCCGCUGCAACUUCUUCCUCUGGAGCAGGCCCAACUGAACCACCUGAGGCCUGGGGAUGUCUGGCGUGGUCACCUCUGCACGUGAUCUGAGGCCAGCUCCCUUCCCGAGCUGCCAAUGCUGCCUCCAGGCCUCCUUCCCUCCUCUUCCUCCUCUUACCCCUCUCUUCCUUUUUCUGUUCCUCCUCUAAACCUUCUCUUCCUCUCUCUUCCUGCCCCUCCUUGUUGGUGAGCUUUUUGGGCCUUAAUCCUGUGACCCAGUCCCCCACCCCACUUCCUACCUUCCUGUCACAAGUACAUGGGAGCUAGCUGCCUCAGGAAGUUGUGAUUUUAAACCUUUUCUGUCCUUGCUGGGAAAUGUAUUUAUGCAUAAUGUUUAUGUCUUUGUUUCAGGGU